UUAGUGAACACGGACUAGGGUUCGUAAUUUUAAACGACCCGCUAACAUAGCCAUUCUCAGAUCCCAAAAUAUAUAAGCAAAUUACACAGUACCCAUUCCCUUUGAGAACGAAUUGUCGUCGAACUGUCAAGUGGGGGCAAAAUGCAAUUUGGAUGUUGCUAGGUUGAAUUUGAUAUGAUGUGUUUGAAUCAGUUCGUGUGGACUCGUGAUGUUCAUUACUGGGGAUUCGUAAGCAUUUUUGUACGCUGGGAAAGCUUUUGGUAUAAUUACCGUAAGGAAGAUGAGUACAACAGGAGAGAAAGGGUCGGCAACUACGAAAACACCUGCAGAUUUCCUCAAAUCGAUUCGUGGUCGACCAGUUGUCGUGAAACUUAAUUCCGGUGUUGAUUAUAGAGGUAUCCUAGCUUGCCUAGAUGGAUAUAUGAACAUAGCUAUGGAACAAACAGAAGAAUAUGUCAAUGGACAAUUAAAAAACAAAUAUGGCGACGCAUUUAUUCGCGGGAAUAACGUACUUUAUAUAAGCACAUCAAAGAGGACAUUAGCUGAUGGUGCAUAAUGUGUUGAGAGUUUUAACUUAAAUUUCAAGACCAAUGUGCCCUUUUCCUAUUCUAAGUUUGUAUGUUGAUUUUUAUUACAAAUUGAAGCGACUCUUCUUUUUGCCACAAUGUUAUUCUCUUCCAAAUGCACGAGUCUUUUUAUUUGUUAAAUUCUACCAUUAAUCCUUGUAUUAUGUGUAAGUUGUGGCAUUAGUUUAUAUAUAUUUUAAUUUGGUCA